GUUUGCAAACUGCACAUUUGGCGGAGCAGCUGCGCCGUUCCAAACGCUGAUGCAUACGAAAAAGUAAACGUUUAAACCAGCAAAAAUAGCUAUCUAGCGACAAGGAGCCGCUCAAUAUGUACAACGGCAUUGGCCUGACGACGCCGCGUGGCUCCGGCACAAAUGGACAUGUGCAGCGCAAUUGGGCAUUUGUGCGACCGGGCAAAAAGGACAAGGACUAUCGUGCCGAAGAUGAUACCAAAAAGCUGGACGCACAGCUCAAUCGGCCGCCAAACAAGGAGAUACUUGAUCACGAUCGCAAGCGCAAGAUCGAGGUGAAGUGCAUUGAAUUCGAAGAAAUACUCGAGAAGCAAGGACGCACGCCGGAGGAGAUCAAGUCGCACGUGGACUCGUAUCGCCAGAAAUUAAUGGGCCAAGGCAAAACCGAUUUGGCCAAGGAUGAAUUUGGACGCGUAGCAAACACAACAACUGCAACGGCAGAGGCGACGGCGACGGCGACGGCUGUGGCAACAGCUACCUCCAUGGCCUCCAUGGCCUCCACGGCCUGCGCGGUUAGCAGCAGCAUAACAAAUGCGUUCAGCACGUUGCAUGUGGUGAGGACAAAGAAGCGACGCAAGCGCCGCAAACGCGCAGGACACGCAACCGGCUGCGGGAAGAGCAACGGGAGCGGCAGCAGCAACCCCGCCAAGGCCAUUGUGGGUUGUGGCAGGAAAUGCAAGGCGCAAUAUUUCCAGCACGACAAUCGCGAGUAUAUAGCCAAAUACGAGAGUUUUCACAUCACGGCGCAGGCCACAACGGCGGCGGCGCUCAACUAUGCCGCCGUGGCCAAGAAGUUCAAGCCGGUUUUGGCAAGCGGCGCCAAGAAGAACAGGCGCACAGCAAUGCCGCGAAAGACGCUCAACGAGUGCGCCUGCGUCUGUCAGAAUACGCAAAUGACGCCAUGCCCGCAGGAAAUGCGAACAGCUGAUGACAGUCAAAGGGAACGGGCACGAGAAAAGGAAAGCAGCAAGUCAGACAGGAAACGCAAUCUGAAGGGCCAGGCGCUGCCGGCACUGCUCGAGCUGCUCAAGCAUUCGUCGAGCACAUGGCUCGAGACGCUGCUGCUCGGCGCUGGCAAAGCGGCGGUGGCCAGCGUGCGUGAAACCCAUCAAAUCGCUGAGGCACAGCAGCAGAAGAACGCCAAGUUGCGCGAAGCCUUCAACAUAUCCGAGUACUUUGUGGAGGGCAGCAGCUUUGAUAGCGAUCGCAAGGCCAAGGAGGAUCUGGCCAAGAGCGUGGCGCUGCAAAAGGAGCUGGACGCGCAGCGCGAGAGCCUCGCAGCGGCCGCAACGGCUGCGGCGGCGGCGGUGGCGGCAUCAGGAGGCAAAGACAAGGAGACGGGCAAACGAUAUGCGCUCGUGCGCACGCCCUCGCCGGAGGCGGCUGCCGUUGCUGGCAAAGCGGAUGCACUGCAUCAAAGUGGCGAUGUCUCCAAGUCGGACAAAAAGAAGAAAAAGAAACGCGCCCGGGAGAGCUCGGCGAGUCCGGAGCGUCGCAAGGACAAGAAGAAGAAGUCCAAGAAGCACAAGAAAGAGAGUAAGUCGAAAAAGAAGAAGUCCCGCAAGCGCAAAUACAGCGGCAGCGAUAGCAUCGAUAGCGACAAGGAUAGCGACGAUGAGCCCGAUAGCAGCGAUGCGGAGCGCCAACUGAAGAGCGCGCGCAAGAAAGCCAAAAAGGAGAAGAAGAAACGCGACAAAAAGCUCAAGAAGAAUCAACGCGCGCGUGCCAGCUCCACAGACUCGGCACGUUCCAACUCUCCCGCGCCCAAGGAUAAGAAGUCGGGCAAAUCUCGCGCGGCUGUUGCGGACAAUGGCACGACGCCGGAGAAUCCGUUUCGCAGUCGUUCGCCGGAGCGACGCAAGGACAACAAGUCGCGUCGCAACGACUCCUCGACGGAGAAACGUGAGCGCAGCGCAAGUCGCCGUCACAAAUCGAAGGAACGACCGACGCGAACACCGCCGCGACGCGAGCCUGAAAGGCAACGCUCCAAAGAACGACAACGUUCAAAGCCGAGAUUGAGCUCGAGGGAGCGCAAGCGCUCCAAGGAGAGGCGCAACGAGCGACAAAGAUCAAAGGAGCGGCAACGGUCGCUGGGCAAAGAGCGCCAAAAGUCCAAGGAUAGAGCCAGAUCGAAGGAGCGACAAAAGUCAAAGGAACGCCAAAGAUCAAAGGAGCGUCCAAAGGAGAGGCAGCGCUCCAAGGAGAGACAGCGCUCGAAAGAGAGACAACGCUCUAAAGAGAGACAACGCUCCAAAGAGAGACUGCGAUCCAAGGAGAAACCACGCUCCAAGGAUAGGCAUCGCUCCAUAGAGAGGCCGCGCUCCAAGGAACGGCAGCGUUCCAAGGAGCGACUACGAUCAAAGGAGAGAGUGCGCUCCAAGGAAAGGCAGAGAUCAAAGGAGAGAGUGCGUUCCAGGGAGAGGCAGAAAGAACGCUCCACAGAGCGACAGAGAUCCAAGGUCAAGGAACGCUCCAAAGAGCGACAGCGUUCAAAGGAGAGAGGACAGCGUUCCAAGGAACGACUACGCUCAAAGGAGCGACUGCGCUCAAAGGACAGACAGCGCUCCAUGGAGCGGCAAAAGUCGAAGGAGCGACCACGUCAGGGCGAGGCAGCCAAGGAGCGCGGACAGGGGCGCGAGCGUAGCAAAGAGCGUCGUCGUGAACGUCGCUCGGCUUCCCAAACGACGAAACGCGGCGAGGAGCGUAAAUUGGGUCGCCAUUCGCGCUCCCAUUCCCGCUCGCCUAAAAAGCAGCGCACGCCCUCGCCGGCAGUCGUUAGGCAGCCGGAGCUACUGGUGCCGCCCAAGAAGACGACAAGUGCAGCGGUGCCCGCAUUCAAUCCCUUCAAGGCGGCCGAGGACACUGUCAACGAUAUAUUGGGCACCAAGUCGGUGAUGGUAGCGCUCGAGCAGACGAAACGCAAACGUGCCGCAUCCAGUUCGAGCUCCUCGUCGGACAGCUCCAGCAGCAGCAGCUCCUCGCAUAGCGAACCGGGCACACCUACGCCCCGCAAGCAGCGCAGGCGCAGCCAAACGCCGCCGGAGCAGCUAAAGCGUGAGCCAAGCAGCCCCAAACGAGAGCGUACCAAGAGCAGCCACGUGAAGCGCGAGCGCUCGGGCACGCCCACCAAGCCCAGGCCGUCGAAAAAGGAGAAGGAGAGAGAGAAAGAGAAAGAGAAGGACAAGGGCAAUACGCCGAGUCCAAGGCCGAGUAAACGUCGCUCGGGCAGCUCCAAUUCAUCGGAGCUGCAUUAUUCGCCAGCCCAGCACAAUCCCGAACGCUAUCAGGACAUUGUCCAGGACAAGAAACGGCAGCAGUCGACAAAGCCAGCGCCCGUGGUCCGGCUGCGUGCCCAAAGCGACGAUGGCGGCAGCGAGCCGGAGACAAGCUCUGCGGCGGCAGCACUCGACGAUUUUCAGCAGAGCAAAAGGGAGCGCGAGGAGCUGCAGGAGCUGCGCAUGCUCGAACAGCUCAAGUCCGGCAUUGCGGCCAAGGCGAAGCAGAAAAUCCGCACAAUGGAGAAGAAUGGAGAUGCAGGCAAGGAUGCGGAGGGCAGCGAAGUAAGUGGCGGCGAAUCUAUGCUGGUGCUGGCCACCAAACGUAAUUCGCUCAGUGAAUUUCUUGUUGCUAACAAUGUAAACGCUUUAAUUAACCCACUGACAACGGCAACAACAACUACAACAAUAACAACUACGACAACAACAACUGCGACAACAACAACAACGCCGCCGCCUGCAGCAGCAGCAGCUGGAGAGGCGCUCGAGCAGCCGAUGGUCGCCGCCGAGCCGCACAAAAGGGACACAAAUACGCCGCCCAUUUGCAAGGCGCCCCAAGUGGCUGCAAAUGGUGGCGCAGCAGUCCCGGCAACAGCAAUAACAACGACAACAACAACAACAACAGCAGCAGCAACAACAGCAACAACAUUUAACCCAACAACAACAGCAAUAGCCAAAUUUAAUCAUAGACCCCAACAUCAGACGAAGCGCGUCUUUCACAAUCGCACGCUGAAUAACAAUCCCAACAGUAGACACAAUACUAACAACAACAAUAACAAUAAUCAUGCAUGUGGUGUUGGUCAUCUUCCGCCUGGUGCUGUUCCUCAUACUAAUCACAACAAUCCGAACAAUGCGCUGCCCUUUCUGGCCGGCACGCCCGGCACCUAUAAUCGCACAACGAAUCGUUUGAAUCAUGGACCCCUGCUGACCGCCACCCAUUACAAUAUCUGCAAGAAUCAGCAUAAUAACAAUGGGCUGCAGCCGCCGCUGCUUAGCCGGCGGGAUCAGCAGCAGCAGCAGCAGCGUGGUCUUAGCAUGUACAAUCCAAAUCUCUAUGGGCAUGGUUCGCAGCAUGCGCUGCUGGCAGCCGCUGCCGCUGCAGCCGCAGCCGCCGGUGGCCAUCAUGUGCAUCAUCAUCAUCAUGGCCGCCAUGCGGCGGGUCUGUUGUCAUUGAGUGGUGCUGGCGGUGGUGCUGGCGGUGCGGCUGCUGCUGCCGCUGCAGCGGGCCUGGCGCUGCUUGGCUCGCAUCCGUCGCAGCAUGGGCGUGGCUUCAAUGCGGCUGCAGCGGCCGCGGCGGUGGCCGCCAAUAGUAUUAGCUAUCAUCAUCAUCAUCAUCAUCAGCAACAGAAACCGAAAAUUGUUAUAAAACCGUUCAAAAUUCACGAUCCACAGCCCUUAGUUGCGGCACUCGCGGACAGCACACUGGUGGACGCCAUCGUUUCCAAGGUAUCGACGGCAACGGUUGCCGCAGCGGAGAGCGCCGCACGACGCAGUCGCAGCCGGUCGCGGCGCAGCGAUCACAGCCGCGGCAAACGGCGCACGAGCAACAGUCGGCAUCGCCAUCGCUCCAGCAGUCGCUCCAGAUCUCGGUACAGCUCGUCGAGCAGUCGCAGCGGCUCGUGCAGCUCCAGAUCGCGCUCCGGCUCGCAUUCGUCGCGCUCCAGCUGCUCGUCGCGCAGCAGCUCCGGCAGCUCCUCGAGCAGCGGCUCUGGCACAUCACAAUCCGGCUCACGUUCACCCUCCAUACCGCGACGCCGCGGCUCGCCCAGCUUCUUGGACAGACGCCGCAUAACUAGCGCGCGCAAGCGGCCGAUACCCUAUCAUCACCACAAGGCGUCCGGAGAGGGCAUUAACAACGGCGAUGGCGAUCAUGAUCAUGUGGACAACGAUGCCUCCAGCUGCUGCUCCAGCUGCUUCAGUCGCGCCAGCUCGCCCUGCACACCCAUUGCCGGCACGCCGAUGCACAACAGUCGAAGUCCAUCGGCAAUAGCCUUCUGAGUGUUAACAGAUUCGCUGCGCAAA